UUGAAGUCAUGCUAUCUGUGUUACAGAAAACCGUUAGACCUGUUCAGGCUGCCAGAGGACUGCAUAAACCUGCACUGGAUGUUGUGAAACAGCUGGCUCCUGAGGACACAGUCACAGCCAGUUUUGGGAAGUUCAUCAGUGAGGUGAAGCCCCAGCACUUGUCUCCUSUGGUUCUCCACCGCAGUAAAAGGAUGGUGCUGGACAGCAUCGGUGUCGGCCUCAUUGGAAGCACAACAGAUGUGUUUGAACUGGCCCUUCAGUACUGCCAGCACAUGUAUGCUCCUGAUCACAUCAGUGCUGUGUAUGGACGCAGAGGCAUCAGGCUGUCCCCAACUCUGGCCUCUUUCYUCAACGGGGUGGCGACUCACUCCAUGGACUUCGAUGACACGUGGCACCCAGCAACUCACCCUUCAGGAGCCGUCCUUCCUGCAGUGUUAGCUCUCAGUGACAUGAUGGCGGCUCACAGCAAACCGAGCGGUCUGGACUUCUUGCUGGCCUUUAAUGUUGGAAUCGAGAUCCAGGGUCGUCUGAUGAGGUUCUCUAAUGAAGCACAAAACAUCCCCAAGAGGUUCCACCCUCCCACCGUGGUGGGCCCCAUGGGAAGCGCAGCAGCCUGUGCUCGRCUCUUGUCCUUGGAUCCCUCUCAGUGCAGUCAUGCCUUGGCCAUCGCUGCUUCUCUGGCUGGAGCUCCCAUGGCCAACGCUGCCACUCAGUCCAAACCCCUUCAUAUUGGCAACGCCUCCCGUUUGGGGCUUGAAGCUGCUCUGCUGGCCUCUCGAGGCCUGGAGGCCAGUCCUCUGGUCCUGGAUGCUGUAGCAGGAGUGGCGGGCUUUAAUGCCUUUUAUGAAGAUUAUGCCCCACAAGCUUUAAAAUCCCCCAMUGAUGAUGGCCACAUGUUCCUCCUAGAGGAGCAGGAUAUGGGCUUUAAGCGUUUUCCUGCUCAUCUGGGGAUGCACUGGGUGGCAGAUGCUGCAGCCUCGGUCCACAAGCUCCUUGUGGGCGUGGAUCCAGGACAGGUGUCCCCACAUCAGGUGCAGGACAUCCUGCUCAGAGUCCCUCUGUCUAAAUACAUCAACAGGCCUUUCCCAGAGUCAGAGCACGAGGCACGCCACUCCUUCCAGUUUAACGCCUGCAGCGCUCUCCUGGAUGGCGAGGUGACCGUUCAGUCCUUCAGCCCGGCUGCCAUGAACCGGCCCGAGCUGCACGCCCUUCUGAGCCGCGUCCGCCUGGAGCAUCCUCAGGACAACCCCGCUAAUUUCAACCGGAUGUACGGCGAAGUCCAGGUGYCUCUAGUUGGYGGAGACAUUCUAAAAGGGCGCUGUGACACCUUCUAUGGUCACUGGCGCAACCCGCUGACCAACGAGAGCCUGAGGAAGAAGUUCAGAAACAACGCAGGCYUGGUGCUUCCAUCAGAGAGGGUUGAGGGUCUGAUUGAGGCCGUGGAGGAGCUGGACAGACUGAAGGACUGCAGAGCUCUUCUCUCACAGCUGC